AUGGCCAUGAGAUCCUUCACGCAGUUCGUGGUGGCCGCGGCCGUCCAGCUGGUCCUCGCCGCCGACUACCCUUCCAUACCGACAGAUUUGACCACACCAGUACAACAGCGUCUCGCAAUCGGAGGACCGAAUGAGAUGACCGUCGGUUGGAAUACGUACGAGAAAUUGAACCAGUCUUGCGUCAGCUACGGUACCUCCAGCACAUCCCUAAGCUCCCAGGCAUGCUCGACCACAUCCAUCACCUACGGCACAUCAAGAACAUGGGCCAACGCGGUAACGCUGACCGGACUCCAAGCCGCAACCACCUACUACUACAAGAUCGAGUCCACCAACUCUAGCGUGGAGCAUUUCUUUUCCCCACGCACAGCAGGAGACACCACCCCCUUCAACAUGGACGUAGUGAUUGAUCUCGGAGUCUAUGGAGCGGACGGCUUCACCACCACCAAGCGCGACACGAUUCCCGAGAUCCAGCCAGCCCUCAAUCAUAGCACGAUCGGCGCGCUUGCUGAGACAGUCGACGACUAUGAAGUCGUCCUUCACCCCGGCGACUUCGCCUACGCAGACGACUGGUACCUCAAGCUCCAGAACUUGCUGGACGGCAGUGACGCCUAUCAAGCCAUCCUGGAAAACUUCUACGACCAACUCGCACCGAUCGCCGGACGAAAGGCGUACAUGGUCUCUCCCGGAAACCACGAAGCAGACUGCACCGAAAUCGACUACACCUCCGGUCUCUGCCCCGAGGGCCAACGAAAUUUCACAGACUUCAUGACACGCUUCGGACACACCAUGCCCACGGCCUUCGCAUCCAGCUCCUCCAACUCGACCGCCCAAAGCCAGGCCUCCACAGCCCAGUCCCUCGCCAACCCGCCAUUCUGGUAUAGCUUCGAAUACGGCCUCGUACACGUAACGAUGAUCAACACGGAGACGGAUUUCGGCGACGCCCCCGACGGACAAGAUGGCUCCGCGAACCUCGACGGCGGACCCUUCGGCGCACCCGGCCAACAGCUGUCGUUUGUCGAAGCAGACCUCGCAAGCGUCGACCGCAGCGUCACACCCUGGUUGAUAGUCGCCGGCCACCGCCCCUGGUACAGCACGGGCGGCUCCGACAACAUCUGCGAUCCAUGCCAAGAAGCAUUCGAAUCCCUCUUGUACAAGUACGGCGUCGAUCUCGGCGUGUUCGGACACGUUCAUAAUUCUCAGCGAUUCUUGCCCGUGUAUAACCAGACUGCAGACCCUGCCGGCAUGAACGAUCCCAAGUAUCCAAUGUACAUUAUCGCUGGCGGAGCUGGAAAUAUCGAGGGCCUGAGCAGUGUGGGGGAUAACUAUUCGACGAAUGUAUUUGCGUACGGUGACGAUUUUAGCUAUGCGAGGUUGAAAGUGCAGGAUGCGCACAAUUUGGGGAUCGAAUUCUAUCGCUCCUCGACGGGCGACUUGUUGGAUAGCAGUGUGCUGUACAAGUCGCACAAUGUGAGCUUUGUUGUGAAUUAG